UAUAGAUAAGUAUUUUGCCGGCAAAGUUUCCAAAGUGAAUUCGUAUAGCAUUUUACGUACAAAGGAAGCCAUUUUUAGUUUUAGAACUUUGUGAUUCUUAGACAAAUGAUUUAUACUGGAAACAAGUAAUCCAGUGUUUAGAUUGGUUACUGAUUUUCGCAACCGAAGUACAAAGUCAUAUUCUACAUUAAUUUAUAGAACAGGUUGUAUGUAUUACAGUCUUAGUGAGCUUUCAGAAGGCAUCUCCUCAGCCCCACAUUUUAGUAAAAUACCACUGAAUAUGCCCGAGGAGGACAAAAAUGGCUGCAACAUUUCUCAGCGUCACAGCCCAGUGACCCAGAUAUUUCGGGUGGAAGAUAUGGAAGAUAUACUUCCGGAUGGUGGUUUUAUCAGUACGUUAUCCAUGGAGUGGGAGCUCAUAAGCCAUCGGGAUCAGAAGCGUAACAAGCGUUUAUUCCGUGUAAUCCAUCAAGAGCAACCAGUUUCUGUAAAGGAAGUGACGGAGAAGAUCAAACGGAAGGUCUUCAACGCUACAGUGGUGCCAAGGCUAAAAGUGCUCCUCAACCUGAAGCACCGGAACAUCGCACAACACUGUGGCUUAGCGCUUGUCAAACCUCGGGAACCCUGCUACGAAGGCUACCUCUGCCAUCUUACAGCAAGUCAUUAUUACCCCGACUACGAUUUGUGCGAGUGGGCCGGGAAAAAUUUAAAGAGCACUGGCCGUGUUGCUCACUGCCAGAUAAAAAAAUUCUUUGUGACUUGUUAUCAGGACUGCACUAUCUGCACGCACAGUGCGGAGACGAAACACAAGUAUUUCACUGCGACAUCAAGCCGGAAAACCUGGUGUUAGCGCACCCUGACGUUCCUGACCGGCGUGUAGUAAUCAUCGACUUGGAAGGGGCUGCAGUAUCUCAAAAUGGCGAGUUGAACAGUGAAACAACAAACACGUACUGUACUUUACGAUAUGCACCCCCGGAACUGCUGUUUUGUACUGCACUUUCUAACGCCGAAGAAGGGAAGAUUUGCGACAAAACUGAUAUCUGGAGUGUUGGCUGUGUUGCGAUAUAUUUGGCAACAGGGAAGAAGCCCAUGGUGUGCGAAUGGAAAAGUAAUACCGGGCCAGGAACACAAGAAUGGGACGAUUAUUCAUACGGAGAAGAAUGUAGAGGACCUAGCGUAGUUUGUCAUGUCGGUGGUCUAACAGGGAAACCAAAACUGCCCGAGCUUUCUGACUCCGAAACUGACCAAAGAUUGUUGAACUUUAUAAAAUCGUGCUUAAUUUUCGAUUACGCACUGCGAAAAACGGCAGCAGAGCUUUUGCGAGACGUCUAUUUAACGUCUAUCGUUCAAGAAUAAGAAACACUGGGGGGUUGUUAAAGGAAUUCUAAAGCACAGUCGUGAAUUUUUAUGUUAAUAAUCUGCAAGUGCUAGUUAUUAAGUCAAGAUAAUUAUCAUUAUUGUGAGCAGUUUCACCCGUCGACAAGUUGUUUCGCGAAAUUCACCUACUAUUCAGUGCAGUUUUGUAGUCUCGUUUUUAUCGCGGUGCUUUCAAAACCAAGCACGACUGGAUAGUUAAACGUUUUUAUGGCUGUGGCAGAAAUCGACUGUAAAAUGAUCAUUCUCGCGCUAAUCGAUCAACAAGAUCAAAUUCUUAUGUGGCUUAGCUAUUGGGAAUUUUUAGUGAUUUGCCGCAGUUCGGGUCAAAAGGCGGUUAUCCGCCAUCAGACGAUCGAGCGUAUAGCAAAAAGGACAUCAUUGCCGCAGUCUGAUCCCAGCGCAACAAUUUGCGCAUGCAGCCGAUGACGAACUCACAUCCGCGACCUUUCGCAUCAGGUCUUGGCGUGCGGCAUGCUUACUUUGCCUUUAGACUGUCGAUUGCAGAAUAACAUGCAAGACAGCUGUGCUGUUGGUCUACAAACAACGUGUUGUAAACUUUCAGUUCAACAUCGAUAAACUUUGGAAAACCCGUUAUGCAUCAUGAAGUAACGGUGACGGAUGGUUAGCUAAUCGUUUACUCACUAUCGAGUAUCGACCGUAGGAGUGUGCGCUAGCAUUGCAGAGCACAGAAUGUGUUGUUGUUUUACUGAUUACGUACAUACAUCCGAAUGUCCAGAUGUCCAGUAUUAUCUCGGUCUCCAUGUUCUGAUAUAAAUUUACUGUCGGACAGAAACGUUCUGAUGCAAGUUUUUUUCAGCUGGAAACUUCCGGGAAUAGAUUUAUCGUGCAGGCCGACAUGUUCCGGUUAUGAAUUUACAAACCUGAAGAAAGAUACAAAUGCACCCUACUGUUAGGCAGAAACGUCUGGUGAAUCCUUUGUGUUGGGAUUCGUAACUUGAAAUUACCACCGGUACACUCGAAAGGAGCGUUAAAUUUCGAGUUUCCCCGUAUCGAAAAAAUUAUUUUACUCAUACUUUACUCAUUUUACUCAUAAUUAUUUUACUAUUUUACUCAUACGUCUACAGCUCAU